AUGACCCUCAAAUUCGCUCCAUUUGGUUCUGAGAUUGAACUCCCUUUCUACACGGCUCUAUCCCAGUUCAAGAUCGAUUUUGAUAAGCUCGAUGACUCUGCGCGACCAGUCCUUGGCUUAUAUGAGCCUCGUGUGACCUCGUCCCCCGAAGAAAGUUGCCGUAUGCAAGUGCUUGGGAAUGCCCUCACAAGUGAUGACGUUCCGGCCGGCUACAUUCGGGCUGAGGGGAAAAUAAAAAAUGUGAAUACGAUCGAAGACUUCAAAAACACGGACAAAGCAGCCAUGCUGCAAACGGCAGCAAAACAGAUCUGGGAUGCCAUAAAUGAUGGGACCAUAUACUCCAUCCCCUCUCUUCUCUCGUCUUUUACAAUCCUCUCCUUUGCAAAUCUCAAGAAAUACACUUUCACUUACUGGUUUGCAUUUCCGGCUCUCCAUUCUGAGCCAGUUUGGAAGCAAGUUGAAGCUACCCCUCCGAGUCAGCUGACUGGAGAGGAGACCACGGCACUUGCUGACGAGGUGGGUACUUGGAGGUAUGCGACUGACAAGAGGGAGCAUGGGUUCUUCCUAGCCAAGAAGGUCCCCGUUCCAUCCUCUGAAUCAACCCGGCCUGCUACUCCUGGCCCGACGGGAGAUGAUCUGGACUACAAAUGGGUUGUUGGAUCGUUGAGAAAGUUUGAAAGUGGAUUCUUCGACGGCAUUCCUCUUGAAAACCAAUUCGUUGCAUUUGUAGAUCCCUCGACGUAUCCUGAGAACCCAGGAUGGAUGCUCCGAAAUCUCUUGGUGUUGAUCAAGCGGAGAUUCAAGCUCAACAAAGUCCAAAUACUGUGCUACCGAGACAUCCACUCAAGAAGGCAUGAAGCUAGAAGUCGUAUCAUUGUUCUGGAGACGGAGGGACAAGCCGCUGAGACCGAUACUAUGCCAAAAGUGACUGGGUGGGAGCGUAACAGCAACCAAAAGUUGUCGCCAAAGACCACUAAUCUGGCACAAUACAUGGACCCUUCGCGCCUCGCAGAUCAAGCAGUCGAUCUAAACUUGAAGCUUAUGAAGUGGCGAAUCGCUCCUGAUUUGAAUCUCAACAAGAUCAAGGAUACCAAAUGCCUCCUCCUUGGCGCAGGUACUCUUGGUACAUACGUUAGUCGACUUCUAAUGGGAUGGGGAGUCAGGAAAAUCACGUUUAUCGACAAUGCCUCGGUUUCAUUUUCAAAUCCAGUCCGGCAGCCAUUGUUCGACUUCAAAGAUUGCAUCGAUGGUGGCGCCAAGAAAGCCUACAGAGCAGCCGAAGCGCUUCAGGAAAUUUACCCUGGAGUGGACAGUACCGGCUUUGUGAUGUCGGUCCCUAUGCUAGGCCAUCCAAUUACCGACGAACAUAAUACUCGCCUCGACUUUGAGACGUUAGAAAAGCUGAUGGAAGAUCACGAUGCCAUAUUUCUACUCAUGGAUACACGCGAAAGCCGAUGGCUCCCAACUGUGAUGGGAAAGGCAAAGAAUAAGCUUGUCUUGAAUGCCGCUCUUGGAUUUGAUACAUGGGUGGUCAUGAGACAUGGUGUGUUUGCAGAAGACGGAGGACAGGCGGCUUUAGGGUGUUAUUUCUGCAAUGAUGUUGUAGCGCCAGCAGAUUCUGUCAAGGAUCAAACUUUGGAUCAACAGUGCACAGUCACCCGUCCAGGAAUCGCCCCCACGGCAUCCGCUCAAUUAGUCGAGCUGAUGGUGUCGGCCCUGCAACAUCCAGAUGGCGCUCGAGCUCCUGCUCCCAAGGUCUCCGCCAAUCAAUCAUCAAAUGGGAGAAUUGAAUAUGAUCGCGAUCCUCUCAAUCAUCCGCUCGGUCUUAUUCCGCAUCAAAUUCGUGGAUUUGAGGCCACUUUCCAGAACAUUUUGAUUAGCGGACAAUCAUACGAUUGUUGCUCAGCCUGCUCUCCAAAGAUUGUUGAGGAGUACAAACGAUCGGGGUGGGAAUUCAUCAAGCGAGCGUUGACUGAGAAGGAUUACAUUACUGAGCUCAGUGGACUAGCUGAGGUUCAGCGCCAAGCAGAAGCGGCUGCAGGUGAUAUUGAUUGGGAUAGCGAGCCAAAUGGUGUGGAUGACGAUGAAGAAGGAGAGCUAUUGUGA